AUGCCAUCUUCCGCUCCUCUCGUCCGAACCAAGGCCAAUGGUCCUAAUGGCCAUAAACCCGAAAUCCCCAUCAGCUAUGAUAUUAACAUACCUUACGUUGAUGUCGAAAAACAAUCCAAGAUCAACACUCCAUACCCAGAAUAUCUCCCCACCUGGGAUCCAAUCUGGUUCGACCCACUGCCCGAAUUCGAAUACGUGGAUCCAGCCCUCCGCGUAAAGGACAAAAGCAAGCCCAACCUCCUCACACCUAAUGUGAAAGUCCACGAUAUCCAACCCGCGAUCGGAAGCGUAAUUGAAGGAAUACAACUCAACACACUAAACAAUGCGCAAAAGGAUGAGCUCGCCCUCUUAAUCUCUGAGCGCAAGGUCCUCGCUUUCCCGGAUCAAGAUCUCAUCGAUGCCGGUCCCGCUGAACAGGAAUCCUUCAUGCGCUAUUUCGGUAAACCGAAUUACCAACCCGUCUCGGGAAGUGUUCGGAAUCACCCCGCCUUUCAUGUUAUUCACCGUGAUGGAAACCGUGAGGAGAUUAUGCGCUUCCUCGAAGCUCGUACCACUACAACUUUGUGGCACCAGGAUGUCAGUUAUGAGAUCCAGCCACCGGGAUACGUGAUGUUGGGAUUGCUACAAGGUCCUGAAGUCGGCGGUGAUACUGUCUUUGCGGCGACGGAUAUGGCGUAUAAGCGUCUUUCGCCGACUUUGCGCGCGUUCCUGGAUACCUUGAAGACGGUGCACUCAUCUGCAAAGAUGAUUCAUCAUACUCGAUUGACUGGGGGAUUGGUGCGUAAGGAUCCUGUUGAUACGGUGCAUCCGCUUGUGCGGGUUCAUCCUGUUACUGGGGAGAAGUGCUUGUUUGUCAAUGCGGAGUUUAUUACCAAGGUUCAAGGAAUGAAGGAACCUGAGACGAAGUGGAUGUUGGAUUUCCUUAUGAAUCAUAUCGUUACGGGUCACGAUUUCCAGGCUAGAGUGCGCUGGCAACCGAGGACUAUUGUCAUGUUUGAUAACAGGGCUACUACUCACUCCGCCAUUGUAGAUUAUCUGGAUGAGGAAUAUGGUGCUAAGGCUCGUCAUAUUUUCCGUUUGAUUGCGUUGGGCGAGAAGCCUAUCCCCGUUUAUGACGAGUUUGAUGAGUAA